AUGGGCAUCCAUCAUGGCCAGCUCUUCCAGAGCUCGCAGGUGCCCAUCCUGACGAUCAUCUAUACGAUGAAGUCGACGCCAUAUGUUUGUAUGCUCGGCGCACUUUGGUCAUGGGCCACAUAUACCAACAGGCUACCGGCGAGCAUACCUUCUGCCCCGGUGUCCCUCUGGCUCCUGCCGCUGUACAUCUACCAAGCAGUAGAGAUCCUUUUCUUUUUUGUGCAAGACUUCAUGACGUUCAAAGCUCAAAGGCAGAUCGACGGUGUCGUGCCAACGUUCUCUCGGCAAUUCAUUCGCAAAGUCUACGCUCGAGCUCUCGAAAACGGCAUGGGUCAGCAGAUUGACGCGCCAAAUGCGAGGAGACGUGAAUCUGUCGAGAUGCAAGUCGCUCAUUCCAAUCAAGGCGACCCGGCGCGACACCUCAGUUUCAUGAAGACGCCUUUGGCAUUCGAAGAUCCUCGUGCGUUGGCUUUCAGGCAGUCACAGAGCAAGUGGUUUCUUGGUGCCCCUUGGAGUGCCAUCAAGCGUGACAACUUUCUGGAGUGGCUCGCUUGGAGCAUGUACACUCAGCAGCUCACCGACAUCCGAUACGAGCAUGCAUCAGGCAAGAAACACAAGAUCCAUCCAGACGAUACGUCUGAUCCUUGCUCGGGCGACAAACUGGCUUUCCUCGACUGGUGUAUGACAUUAAUUGAAGCUCGUGCCGGCUGUGAGAUCACGCCGGGCUACAAUCCCACUGUAAAAUGUAUCCGACUACACUUAGAUCCAGUACAGGUCGAGAAGCGGCCUUUCUGGCUGUACGCAGGACUUCACUGCACUAAUAUCGCAAUCUCUAGAGGCUUGGAAAGAUCAGCAGGCUUUGUUCGCAUACACGAUAGAACGCAUCAGUACGAGUACCUGCUUCGGAUGCCACCAGACUGGCAACCUACCGAUUCGCAUUCAUCCUUGCCGAUCCUCGUUCUGCAUGGACUGGGAUGCGGCUUGAUGCAGUACAUUGAGCUCAUUCGCUAUUUGGCCAGCAAGGACGAGCUCAAGAAUCGUCCCAUCGUCAUCGUCCUGCAACAUCACAUAUCGAUGGAGCUCUUCCGUAAGGCACACACGCGACCGCCCACACGAGCUCGCUUCGAGGCCGGCGCUCGGGCGAUGAUUGCACGGCAUGGCUUCGAGAAAGGACUCGCCGUCCUGAGUCAUUCGAACGGCACCAUCGUCCAUGGCUGGCUGCUCAAAUCGUUCCCAGAUCUCGUAAAGCGAUCUUGCUUCACGGACCCAGUGACCUUCUGUCUAUGGCAGCCCGACGUGCCACUCAAUUUUCUGCGUGCAACGCCCAAGACAGGCAUGGACAAGCUCAUGCGCUACUUUGUCGCUCGCGAGCUAGGCGUCGCCAUCACGCUGUCGAGGUACUUUGACUGGAGCUCCAAUAUCACCUUUUUCGAGGAUAUACCCGACCCGACCUCGCGCCAUCACACGUUGAUCUGUCUGGCGGAAGCAGACUCGAUCCUAUCGUCUACACUCAUACGUGACUACUUUCUGGAGCGCGGUCUCAAGAUGCUCGACCAAGGUGGCAAUGUGCACGUUGAAAAGGGUGCCAAGCAUGGCGAGAUGCUCACUGUCGAUGGGGACGGGCUCAAGCUGGUCGAAGCAUGGCUCUGUGAUCGUAGCGACGAGCACACUUUGCGUCGAUCGAUGCGGCGAGCUACCUGUGCUGGCCGCAGACAAGCUCAGCAUGCGGUCGAUACGGCAGCGUACCUCUCCAGACGGCAUCUCUUCGGCUUCGGCGCCGCGAAUCAACGCAGCAAAGCGCAAAAGCAAGGCAAUGUGACGACAUUUCACGAGCGCAAGAUCUUGCCUUAUACUCGUCAGCAACUGUAUUCGAUCGUAGCAGACAUAGACAACUACAGCAAAUUUGUACCUUAUUGCGUUGGCUCCAAAGUGCUCGCAACGCCUAGCAUUGCCGGUCGCAGACCAUGGCUUCUCGGCAGGACAGAGGGCGAACACCAUCAGCUGCAAGCAGAGCUGACGAUAGGCUACAUGGGCUUCGAAGAGGCUUAUGUAUCGACUGUCGAGUGCGUCAAGUGGAAUUCUGUGCAGGCGACUGCGAACCAGCACAGACUGUUUGAGACCCUCAAGACGUCUUGGACUCUUUCGCCUGCUGCAUCCGCUUCGCCGCAUCCAACAGCUUCUGGCGAUCCCAAUCCAGCCGCACACGGUCCUGGUCCGACAAUGGUCAGCCUCGAUCUGGCCUGGCGCUUCGCGAACCCGCUUCACGAAGCAGCAGCAGGAGCCGUCUUUGAGCGACUCAGCACAAAGACGCUCACCGCAUUCAUAGAGCGCGUCAGGCAGGUUUACGGGCCAGGCAAGGUCGAUAUACAAAUUAGUCGGGGCUUCCUGUCCAUGCUGGAUCUUCCUUUCGUGGGUAUCUGCGUGUGCAAAGAGAGCUGA